GGCCUCAUGUUUAUCCGGCACUCUCCGUCGUUGCGAGCACCGCUGCUGGGAAGCUCGCGGGGAGCUUUCUUGGAUUCAUACUUACUCUGACGUCGCCAAGAAGGCUUCUAUUUCCCUUUGAACUCCCUCUUUCCCUUUGAGAGAAUACGGCGACUCUAUUGGAGUCUUUUCAUAUCUUGCUUUUCACCUCUCACGGAGUUGACUCCAUCUGUGUUUCGAUCCGCCCACAACGUCGAUCCGUCCAUAUUGAUCACAAGAUCGCAAGAUGUUACCUCUCGGUCUCCUGACGGCCGCGCAAGGCCACCCCAUGCUCGUGGAACUCAAGAACGGCGAAACCCUCAACGGACACCUUGCCAAUUGCGACAACUGGAUGAACUUGAUACUCAAGGAAGUUGUUCAGACGAGCCCCGAAGGUGAUCGCUUCUUCCGGCUACCGGAGGUCUACGUCAGAGGAAACAAUAUCAAAUACCUGCGAAUCCCCGAAGAAAUCAUAGAGAUGGUGAAGGAGCAACAGGCGAACCAAUCGCAAAAUCGCAACCGCGGGCCGCGUGAGGGUGGUCGGGGUGACCGAGGUCGUGGUGGAGGCCGGGGUCGUGGACGUGGCCGCGGCCGUGGUGGCAGAGACGCUUGAAGUGUUAUUGGUUUUUUUUUAUCUACGAAAGAAUGAGAGAGAUUAUGAGCGAUACCCCGGGGGGCAAGGUUUAGUAGGGAUUGAGUUCGCUAGGAAAUGUCCGUUUUGACGGGUUAGUCGAGCAUGGCCUUGGCGUAUCUGGUUGUAUUUGUC